AACAACAAAGCCCAAAUCUUGUGUCCCCGCGCGAUCAGCGCCUCACACCGGCACGUGCUUCUCGCGUGACUCGCAAAGUCCGUACACGCCUCAUCCGUGCCAAACCAUAAACCGAGGCACGCUUGCUCCGUCCCACACGCGUGAGAAAUGCUCUCUCUCUGACACACACACAGCCGGAGCUUAGCCGGAAAAUCCCAGACUCACCGUACCUCUGUCCCCAUCUACUCCACUCUCGCCGGAGCUCCGGCCACCUCUUCCUUCGGUUUUCUAAGGUCUUCUUCCGUUACAUCCGUUCCCGCCGCCCCGCCGGAAAAUGUAAUCUUGCAGUUCGGCGUCCUGUAGAUAGAUCUGCUCUUUUGCGGCAAGGAUUGACUUUAGAUUCAGGUUUCGGAGUGGAAAAGCUAGAGCUGUUGUCCAAAGCUUCUUAUCCAGAUUUGAAAGGACGUGAAAUUGUACUGUAGAAACUGAUAUAUAUAUAUAUUUGCUUCUAUAUAUAUGUGAAUAGAAAGCUACGUUUGAAGAAAGAACGUGGAAACUUUGGAGGAAACAAUGAUUGUAAGCUUUAGCUGCUCAGAUUUGUAAAAAGCUCGAGAUCCAUAUGCCUCAUUUGAGCUGACAACACAAGAGAACUCUAGAGCUAGCUGGUACAGAAUUUGCUGAUCAUGUUGCCUCAUGCUUGGAAAUAUUCAAGUGGUUCACUAAUUAAGCCAGAAUCAUCAAUAAUAUAGGGUUAUAAGAGUGCAAAACUAUCAAAAGAGAAGGGUAAAAGGAAUUAAAUUUGGUGAAUGGAGAUGCAGAAAUUUGGAACGAGUGAAGAAGACGAAGAAGAAAUGGAGAUGGAUGUGAAAGAAGAAGAUGACGGUGAUGAUGAUGAUGAAGAAGAAGAAAAGCAUAAUGCAACACGGGCAAUGGUAGGUGUUGAUAUAGAAAUUGCAGCAAUUGGUAAUAAUAAUUGGUUUCAACAUCAACAGCAAUUUCAAGGGCAAUCAGUGUCCCCAGGAGUGGCUCGAAGGUGUAGACCAUUAGAAGAAAAGGAGAGAACAAAGAUACGAGAGCGGCAGCGGAGGGCAAUCACUGCAAAGAUCUUGGCAGGGCUUCGAAGGCAUGGAAACUAUAAUCUUAGGGUUAGAGCUGAUAUUAAUGAUGUGAUUGCGGCCUUGGCAAGGGAAGCUGGUUGGGUUGUUCUUCCUGAUGGAACGACCUUUCCUUCUGGAUCACAGGGUGCAAGACCUACUGGUGGCAUGUCUACUGCGGUGGUGACUUCAUCAUCUUCGCAUAUGCCACUGCAACAAACCGCACCUGCCUCCCUGAGAGGGACUGCUUCUGGCUAUCAGAGUUCGGUGGAUUACAAUGCAGGUUGCAUGAAAGGUGUCAUUGUGCCCACUUCAUCCCCUUAUGAUGUAUCCUCAAGUGCUCGGUCUCAGGCUUCAGUUAUGGUGGGAGAUGAAGGAGAAGGAACAGAGAAUCAUCCUCUUGUUGGGGGCUCCAUGGGUACUGUUGAUAGCAAGCAGGUAGUGGACAUAACCACAAAGUUGCAGGAGCACAAUUUUGUCGGCACCCCAUAUGUUCCAGUUUAUGUAAUGCUACCACUGGGUGUCAUAAAUAUGAAGUGUGAGCUUGUUGAUCCAGAUGGUCUACUAAAGCACCUAAGGGUCUUGAAAUCGAUCAAUGCUGAUGGUGUUAUGGUUGAUUGCUGGUGGGGUAUAGUAGAAGCACAUGCUCCACAGGAAUAUAACUGGAGUGGCUACAAGAGGUUGUUUCAGAUUGUGCGUGAGCUUAAGCUCAAGUUACAAAUUGCAAUGUCCUUCCAUGAAUGUGGAGGCAACAUCGGCGAUGAUGUUUGUAUUCCGCUGCCGCAUUGGGUGGCAGAAAUUGGUCGAAGUAAUCCCGACAUAUUUUUCACAGAUAGAGAGGGAAGGCGUAACCCUGAAUGUCUCUCAUGGGGAAUUGACAAGGAACGUCUUCUAAGGGGCCGGACUGCUGUAGAGGUUUAUUUUGACUACAUGAGAAGCUUUCGGGUGGAAUUUGACGAGUUAUUUGAGGAUGGUAUCAUCUCUAUGGUUGAAAUUGGAUUAGGUCCCUGUGGGGAGCUAAGAUACCCAUCUAAUCCUGUAAAGCAUGGUUGGAGAUAUCCAGGCCUUGGAGAAUUCCAGUGUUAUGAUCAGUAUUUGUUGAAAAGCCUGAGGAAGGCAGCUGAAGCACGGGGACACUCCUUUUGGGCACAAGGACCAGAUAAUGCAGGAUCCUACAAUUCCCGGCCACAUGAAACCGGAUUUUUUUGUGAUGGAGGUGAUUAUGAUGGCUAUUAUGGCAGGUUCUUUCUAAAUUGGUACUCCCUGGUUUUGGUUGACCAUGGUGAUCUGGUACUUUCUCUGGCUAAGUUAGCAUUUGAAGACACUUGCAUUGCUGCAAAGCUAUCAGGUAUUCACUGGUGGUACAAGACAGCUAGUCAUGCUGCUGAAUUAACAGCUGGCUUUUACAACCCAUGCAAUCGUGAUGGUUAUGCUGCAAUUAUGGCAAUGUUAAAGAAACAUGGAGCUGCCCUAAGUUUCACAUGUGCUGAAUCAGGCAUGUUCCAUCAGCAUCUUAACUUCUCAGAGUCACUGGUGGAUCCUGAGGGGUUAGCCCGGCAAGUGCUGAAUGCUGCCUGGGAUGUUCGCAUUCCGGUUGCUAGUGCAAAUGUUCUUCCCUGCCAUGACCGGGAAGGCUACAACAGCAUAUUGGAUAAAGCCAAGCCUUUGAAUGAUCCAGAUGGGAGGCAUUUUUCUGCUUUUACUUACCUCAGGCUCAGCCCACUUCUCCUGGAAAGACUCAACUUCAUGGAAUUUGAACGAUUUGUCAAGCGAUUGCAUGGGGAAGCAGUUAUCAAUGUCCCGUCAUAGUUCAAAGGAAAGGGAUUUCCAUCUCAUGUAUUAUUUCUCUUCCCCACAGACGUCUGGUGGGGUGUAUAUAUCAGUCCGAACUCCGGAGGCACCUAUGCAAAUGAAAUGGCAAAGGAAAUUAGCCAACUCUCUAUAUCUGAGUCGUUUUUUUGGCAUUGUUUGCUAACCUAGGAUAGAAUGUUAGUCUGGUAAAAAAAAAAAAGGUCCAAAUGAAUUAGAGUAAAAUUGAUACUUGUUUAAUUUGAAUUCAUCAGUGAGAGCAUGAAUGAAGGGAAGCUUCUUAACAGAAUAAAGAUGACACAAACUGGCCUCCA